AUGCGAACUUUGUGCUUCUUGACACUUUUGGUUUUGUUGAAUGUUGGAGAUUCACUCAAAUGCCAUUUGAUUUCCUAUGGAUCACUUGCUGAUACAAAUGCUAUCACAACAAGCACUUCACUUCAGGUAAUUAUUUUUUGCUUUGGGAUUUGGGAUUCUAUUGAACUUGUACUUUUUCUGAGCGUCUAUCACUUUGAAGACUUCAGGAAAUGAAUUCAGAAGUUCAAAAAUGAAUUCUAAGAAAAUUAUUUUAUCUACUACAAACACUCUGUAACUCCUUAUCAUUCCAGGAAUGUCCAAUAGGCGCCAACUCGUGUGUUAAAACCAUCGAUUACUCCAGAAAUGUCUUCUCCAAACAAUGUCAAAUCGGAAAUUGCACCGUAAGUUUUUCGAAACUCUGUGUACACAACAUCUUUUAUUUCGAAAUCGAAAUCGGUUUCCAUAGUUACCGUGAAUCACAUGUCUCCCAAUAAUUAAGUUGUUGUUUUGGAUAUAACCAAACCAAAAAAUUAUUAUUCAUUAUCAUCAUUUUCAGACGUCCACCGGGAUUAGUCAGGCGCCAGCAAACUGCUUCAAUAGUUCAAAUAACGGAGCAAUUUAUUCGACUUGUUGUUGUUAUGGAGAUGGGUAAGAAAAAGAGAAAGAGCAAACUAGAAAUAAUUAGAAUCAAUGAAACAAUGUUCCAAAAAUAAAUAAAUAAAUAUUAAAUCAGCUGUUUUAUAUCUCGUGCGUGGAGCGAACACAGAAAAAACACCUGCGAUCAGAAGAAAAUCAAACAUUUCUCAAUUUUCAGAUGUAACAGCGCUCCAAUGUCUGCACCGGCUUUGAUCUCUGCAUUUUUGUUUGGAAUCUUCGCAUUCUACGUCCUCUCCUAA